UACUAGAGUGCGAAUAUGCUAUAGUAUCCUGAGAAUAGAGCUGACUAUGACUAGAUGCUGUAUUACUGACUAGAACAUGGACCAUGUCUACGUGAGGACGUGUUGACGUGACCAGACGUGACUACAUGUUGGACGUAAGAAAAAUUACGUAGCUCUGCGUCUUGUACAUCAUAUCUUACCUGAAGAGUUAACGAUUUUGGUGGAUAUUGGAGAGAUAUUACUCUAUCCCUCUACGUUCAAGAAUUCGUGAACCAUGAGCAGAACCACUCAGUACUAGCUACCACGUGCGCGAUAUUGGACCAUUCUUGCAUACAGUUAUAGUCUCUGUAUUCCAGAUUAACUUGAAAAUUCGUAGAUCUGUUUCAUACAAAUAAUUCUGCAUAAAAUAUAACUGAGGAAAGAUGAGUAUAAUACCGUGCCUAAGUUGGGUGAAGAGAGGAGUUGCAAAUUCUAAUCCUCAAAGGAUCGAAUUAACCGCUCAGGAAUUAGAAAAAAUCAUAAGCGAGGAAAAAUCUAACUUGGAUAAUGUUGAAAACGAAAGUAUAGAAGAUGAGGAAGUCGUAAAUCAGACAGACAAAACAGAAGAUCAUAUGGACGAAUAUAACUUUGAUAAAUAUGAUGCAGAGUCGGGUAACAUACAUUGCAAUAUUGCCAAUAUUGUCAGUUUUGAAAAAGAUGGGAAGGAUCCACUAAUAACUGCAGAAGAUGACGAUUCAGAAAAUGAAAAUGACAUUAUCAAAGAUACUGAUAAUCUUUUAUUAGUAGGACACGUUGAAGAUGAUGCCAGCACCUUGGAAGUAUAUGUGUAUAAUGAAUCCGAAGGUUCAUUCUAUUGCCAUCACGAUCUAUUACUACCUUCAUUUCCAUUGUGUAUAGAAUGGCUUAAUUUCGACCCAACAGACUCGAAACCAUGUAAUUUAUGUGCAAUUGGUAAUAUGGAUAGUGUAAUAGAAGUAUGGGAUUUAGAUUUAAUAGAUUGUUUAGAACCAGCUUACAAACUUGGCAGUAAGCCAAGGAAAAAGAAGAAUCUAAAACGUAAUGGACAUAAAGAUGCUGUCUUAGAUCUAGCUUGGAAUGAAACUUAUACGCAUGUACUUGCAAGCGGUUCAGUUGACCAAACAGUUUUGCUAUGGGAUUUAGAAGUAGGAGUACCUGUGAACAAAUUUACUAGCUUUAAGAACAAAGUACAAGCACUGAAGUGGAAUCCAGGAAAUCUUCAGCAUUUACUGGUUGGCUCUGCAGAUAAAGGAGUGAAGAUAUUUGAUGGUAAGCAAGAAGAGUGUGUAAAAUCAUGGAAAGCAAUGGGAGAAGUGGAAAGAGUAUUAUGGAAUCGUUUUGAUCUAAAUUACUGUAUAGCUAGUACAGCUAAUGGAUAUUUACAUUACAUAGACAUUAGACAAGAUGAACCAGUUUGGAAUGCAGAAGCUCACACAGAAGAAGUUGCAGGUUUAGCUCUUAGUUCGUCGUGUCCUGGACUUGUCGUCACGUCAGGAAACGAUGGUUUCCUAAAAGUAUGGGACAUUAUUAAUAAUGCAGAACCUUUUUGUGUUUGUGAAGAGAAAAGUAAUCUUGGUUCUCUAUUAUGCCUCGAAUCAAAUCCAGAUAAUCCUUUUACGUUUGCUGUGGGUGGUGAUAAUAAAGCCCAUAAUAUUAAGGUAUACGACCUAUCUACUAUAUCAGAAGUUCGUGAAAGAUUUGAAGGGCGAGGACAUAUUGCAGUAAUUAAUCCUGAUACAAACAAAGCAAAAAUAAUGGAUGUAACUGGUAGUAUGGAUUCAUUGGUUUUGAAUCCAGGUAUAUCUGAUGAUAAAUAGAGUGCGUACGAUAAAAAUUCUACAAAAUAGUUCUAGAGACUGUAUAAGAAUUUGUAUUACUUUCUAUACGUUAUUUUAUCAUGAGUAAGACGUAAGAAUAAAAGAAGACGCACUAAAAAACUAAA